UGUACCCCCCACCCUUCGAGUCCAAAAGUCAGGCCUUCUUUUCCCUCCUUUCUUUGGUUGUUGAAUUUAAGUUUCCAAAGAUUCAAAAGCAGGUUUAAUUUAAGCAAAUGGAAAAGCUGAAUUUUGUUAAAAAUGGAGUGAGCAAAUUGCCUCCUGGUUUUCGUUUUCAGCCAACAGAUGAAGAGCUUGUUUUUCAAUACUUGAAAUGUAAGGUCUUCUCCUACCCCUUGCCUGCUUCUAUCAUUCCCGAGAUCAAUGUCUGCAAGUAUGAUCCUUGGGAUUUGCCAGGGAAUUGUGAUCUACAAGAGAGGCACUUUUUCAGCCCGAAGGAAGCAAAAUAUCGAAAUGGUAAUCGCAUGAACCGAACAACAAAGUGUGGCUAUUGGAAGGCAACAGGAUCAGACAAAAGAAUAUCAUCUUCAACGUGUAACAAUGGUAUUGUUGGGGUACGAAAAACAUUGAUAUUUUAUGAAGGCAAAUCACCAAAAGGCUCCAGAACUCACUGGGUCUUGCACGAAUAUCGUCUCGUCAGUGUAGAAACUGGUGCUGCCAACUCAUCCCAUAAUAACUAUGUGAACGAGAUAGGAGAUUGGGUUCUGUGUCGCUUAUCGAUGAAGAAAAGAAGUCUAGAAAGUGAUGGCAGCGCCACUCAUCAGAAGCAUAGGCAAAAUAAUACAGUUCAAACUAGUCGUCCAAGAUUAAUGUUUGAUUUUAUGAUGGUAGGGAAGACCAAUUCUUCUACAUCCUCAUCAUGUUCAAGUUCCAGUAACAUCAUGGAGGUUUCUUCAAAUGCAUCGGACCAUGAAGAAACAAGUGGCUAUGCCCAUUUUUAGGACCACUUAAUUAAUUGCAAAUUUGUCCAUGGCUUUGCUGUAAUUUAAUUAAUGAAAUUAAAUGGAUCAUAUGCUAGAGGAUACCCAGAGUUUCUUCUUCAACAUUCAUUAAGGAAAAUGGAUCAUAUAUAAAUGGCUAUGCCCAUUUGUAAUUGAUCAUCAGAUGCGUGGUUUCCUAUCAUAAUAUUGUAAUAUGCUUAUUUCCAUGUUUUUAAUUAGAUGUAGUUUCAAUGUGGUCGUAGAGUAAUAUAUUUUGUUAAAUCUA